AGGAGGUUGAACUUACUGAGUCACAAACUUUCUCUCUCUCUUUUUCCAGUACUUUCCAGUUAGUCCUCCCUGGCACACUGCUCUGCUGACUGACAACAUCCAUUUCAAAGCCUCAAGAGGAAACCGUACUGCUUCUUUAUUUCUACAUCAACACUCUUAACCAAGCUGUGAUUUAAACCUUUUUGGGGGGUAAAGUUUUGUAGGUUAGAGCCGAGCGUCUGUGUGUGUGUUUUAGUGAGGUUUGAGUCAGUAUGCCAUGUCGUCCCCUGGAUCGUCGUUUGUGCAGAUAAAACAUGAGGAUCUGGCUUUCUAUGAAAACUGUGGAGGCGGUAGCUUUGGAAGUGUCUACAGAGCUCUUUGGAUUUCCCAGAAAAAGGAGGUGGCAGUGAAGAAGCUCCUGAAGAUUGACAAAGAGGCUGAAAUCCUCAGUGUCCUGAGUCACAAAAACAUCAUUCAGUUUUAUGGAGCUGUGCUGGAGUCGCCCAACUAUGGCAUUGUCACAGAAUUUGCAAGCGGUGGGUCUCUGUAUGAGUACCUGUCCAGUGAGCAGAGUGAGGAGAUGGACAUGGAGCAGAUCAUGGCCUGGGCCAUACAGAUAGCUAAAGGAAUACACUACCUCCAUGCGGAAGCUCCAGUCAAAGUCAUUCAUAGAGAUCUAAAGUCACGAAAUGUGGUGAUGACAGCAGACAGAGUUCUCAAGAUUUGUGACUUUGGAGCAUCCAAGUUCCUGUCGCACACCACUCACAUGACUGUAGUGGGAACGUUUCCAUGGAUGGCCCCUGAGGUCAUCCAGAGUCUACCUGUAUCUGAGACAUGUGACACAUAUUCUUAUGGAGUUGUGUUAUGGGAGAUGCUGACUCGAGAGGUUCCGUUUAAAGGCUUUGAAGGGCUGCAGGUGGCAUGGCUGGUGGUUGAAAAGCAAGAGAGAUUGACUAUCCCCAGCAGCUGUCCAGCAAGUUUUGCAGAGCUAAUGAAAAAAUGUUGGCAAGCUGAUCCAAAGGAGCGACCACUUUUUAAGCAAGUACUCCUAACCCUAGAGACAAUGGCAAAUGACAGCAGGCUACCGGAUCAGUGCAACUCCUUCCUUCAUCACAAAGACGAGUGGAGGUGUGAAAUUGAGUCUACUCUCGAGCGCCUACGGAAACUUGAGAGGGAGCUUUAUUCCAAAGAAAAAGAGUUAGAAGAAAGAGAAAGGAGACUCAAACUAUGGGAGGAGAGGCUCAUGCAGAGGUCUAACAUGAGUCCUAGUCCCACCUCUCUUCUGAUGGAGUCACCUUUCUUCACCACUUCACCACUGACCAUUGGCUCGUCAGGCUCCUUCUUCCGCUCUCACUCUCAGGACUCCAACAGUAGUGCAGGGGUCAGCAGCACCGGGGUCAGCUCACUGUUCCGGACCCUCAGUAACGGAGACACUGAGAGGAGCACUAAUACCACACUGGACCGGAGCAUGUCCUCUCUGGACGGGGGCAGAUUGCAUGCCAUGCUUCGGGGACUGUCUGGGAGAUUUGGAGAUGAGGAGGAAGAAGAGGGCACCCUGAAUGACAGCAAUUGGGUACAGAAGAAUGAUGGGGGCAGCCUAGAGGGGGGGAGGGUGCAGGUGACACUGAGGAGCUUUCCAGGAGGUGUGGUGGAGAGACAGGAGAGGACAUGGGAGGAGAGGGACAGGGACAAGGGGGGACUACAGCGUAGCAGGGUGACUAUGUGGAAGGGGUACUCUGGGAGUUAUGGAGAGGGGGACUCGGGGAGAGAGAAGGAGGCUGACUGGGAGGCAGACAGAGCUGAGGAAAGACCUGAGGACAGAGGGAUGGAAGGAGUGGUAGAAGUAUCAAGACUCCCUACAAUGUUAAAAGGCCUGGGAGGGGGUAUGGGAGGCUUAGGAGACAUGCUGUCCUUAGACAUGGAGGACAUAGGAGACAUGGGGGACAUGGGGGAUAUGGGUGAUAUGGAUAUGAAUAUGAACAUGGGUGACUUGGGCGUAAUGAAAGUCUCUGGCCGAGGGGUCAGGACUGAGCUGGGUGUCAGAGAGCGCAGGGAUAUGGGGGUUGUAGUCCAGGGAGUACGUGGUGAUCUCAGUGAGGCCCUAAGCCAAAAGAUCAGAGGGGAAAUGGGUGUCCAGGUGAGCAUGUGCGCUUCAUCCAACCAGAACUCUGUCAAAAGUUGCAGCAUGCGUCAGGGAACCAAAAUUAAAAUGGCUUCAGCGGCAAUGGACAUGAUGGAGCUUGACUGGUCUGACAGUGACUGAAGAUAUAAAA